AUGAAGCCAUCCGCACCGGCGAAGUCAUCAACCAAGCGACCCCGCCGCCACGGACGUGGAGGCAAGGCACUGCUCUACCUAUUUUCUACCGGCUCGGCCAUGAAAGUGAUGAAGAUUACAGUUGAUACGGAUGCGGAAGCAGGUACCGAAGAUGACCAUGUGGAUGCAGAAACCGAAGAUGGCCAGGAUGAAGGGGAGAGCCGAUAUGAUCGUUAUGAAGCUGGUCUGAGAGGAAGAGUUUAUUUCACCAGGAAUUUUCUUCAGGUUGUCAGGCGGACUACUUACAUGGGCCAUCAGCUGGUAUUUUGGCUGAGUGUUGGAAAUGUUGAGCACGGCCGUGGUGAUCAUGGGUAUGGUGAUGAGCAAGGAGAAUAUGGAGAUCAUGAUGAACAAGAAGGAGAAAAUGAAGAUUAUAAAGAUGACGAAGGAGAUGAAGGAGAUGAUGAAUAUGACGAAGACGAAGAGGGAUACGGCGGCGGCGUUGACGAUGAUGAUGACGGCGACGGCGACGGCGACUACCCCAGUGACAGCGACUCUGACCACCAUCAACACCUGUAUGGGGAAGGGGAAUAUGUAUGCACCCUCCCCGACUGCCCCGAAAGGCUUCUCAUCAUUCUUGAACGAUCAAAAACUCGCCGGGACUUCUUCCGGGACGCGAUGAUGAUAAUGCAUGACAAGUAUGCGCACUUAUUGGAUGUAUCCGGGAUGGGGGACGAUGCGCAGGGAUAUAUUCCCACUGAAAGACCGUGGGAGAGUGAAGAUGCGCGACUGAAGUGGGCCGAAUUCUUGAACCGGGUGCCCGACUUCGUUUGCUCUGAUGCAGACAACAAUCUACCUUGCAGCAUAGACGAUAUCAAUGACUUCUACGCCCUGCGGGCAUGGAUGUUGGAGCUGCUGCCCUGGGUGGUUGAGUCACCCCCUUUGGCUAUCAGGUUGGCCCCUUGA